CUGUACAACACACUUGUCUACUACUCUCUCUCUCUCUCUCCUCCAUUUCAAAAAAGUUUCUACUUUUCUUCUGACUCUCACUCUCUCUCCUCAACAAGAAAAAGAAGAAAGAUUCUAUCUCUACCAAACUCCUGAGACUUCUUACUCUGUCCAUUGUUCUGUAAUAGAGAGAGAGAGAGCAUGAGAGAGAUUGUCCUUCUCCUCCUAGCUUCGAGCUUACUCCUCACAUCAACAACGGCUAAAUCAACAAUCGAGCCAUGCUCAAGCAACGACACCUGCAACUCCCUACUCGGCUACACCCUCUACACCGACCUCAAAGUCUCGGAAGUCGCGUCCCUCUUCCAAACAGACCCAAUCUCCAUCCUCCUCGCCAACGCCAUCGACAUCUCCUACCCUGACGUCGACAACCACAUCCUCCCUUCCAACCUCUUCCUCAAAAUCCCCCUCACCUGCUCCUGCCUCGACGGCAUCCGAAAAUCACUCUCCACGCGCUACAAGACCCGCCCUUCCGACACGCUCGCCUCCAUCGCCGGCUCCGUCUACGGCGGUCUGGUCUCCGCCGAGCAGAUCCAGGAGGCUAACUCGGUUGCUGAUCCGUCGUUGCUCGAUGUCGGGACGAGUCUUGUCGUGCCUCUCCCCUGCGCUUGCUUCAACGGGAGUGAUGAUUCUCUCCCUGCUGUUUAUCUGUCGUAUGUGGUGAGAGGGGUUGAUACGUUGGCGGGGAUAGCGAGGAGGUAUGAGACUACUGUUUCUGAUUUGAUGAAUGUGAAUGCUAUGGGUGCUCCUGAUGUUAGCUCCGGUGAUAUCCUCGCCGUUCCUUUGUCAGCUUGUGCAUCAAACUUCCCCAAGUAUGCUUCGGAUUUUGGAUUGAUAGUUCCAAAUGGUAGCUACGCUCUAGCCGCGGGUCACUGCGUGCAAUGCAGCUGCGCGCUUGGGAGCCGCAGUUUGUAUUGUGAGCCUGCUUCUUUAGCCGUAUCAUGCUCGAGUAUGCAGUGUAGAAACAGCAACCUCAUGCUCGGUAACAUCACUGUUCAGCAGAGUAGCGCUGGCUGUAAUGUAACGACUUGUGAUUACAAUGGUUUCGCCAACGGCACCAUCUUGACCAUGCUGUCUAACUCUCUACAACCACGCUGUCCUGGGCCUCAACGAUUUGCGCCGCUUCUAGCUCCACCUGAUACUGUUCCUAAGGAUUUAAUGUAUGCACCGGCGCCUUCACCGGAUUUUGAUGGUCCAGGAUCAAUAGCAGCUUCACCAGGAUCGUCUGUGAUUCCUCCAGGCGGUGGUCCCUUGCCGGGUAACUUUGCUAAUGGUCCAGCUGGAAGCAUCUCAACCGCCACUUUCUCCUCUCUAAGCUACUUCUUUAUCAUGUUUCUCAUCUCCGUCUCUUCAUUCUCCUUUGUCUUCUCAUCUUGAUUCAUCAACGACAACAAUUUGUUUAUUUAUCCGACCAUUAAAACUCCUUUUUCACUGUUUCACAACUACAUUUUUCUACUCCAACAGAGAUCAAUCAGAACACAA